GUUAUUUCUCCCCUAUUCUCCUCUUCCAUCUUCCUGGUUUAUUCGUCGAUUCCGCAGCAAUCAGAUGCGGGUGGGCGUACCGGUAGCACCUGCAACCACCGUCUUGGUCGUUCUCCGCCGGCGAAUAUCCGCCGCUUCUAUGCUAUCCACUAAGAGCUCGAUGCCUCGGGAUCCCGCAGGCGCGGCCGCCGCAUUCACGACCAUCAAAGAAGUGGUAUCCGUAGAGAAAGAGAUUAAGAAGAGCAAGUUCAUAGCAAUCGCGGGUCCUAUCUCCAGCGAGCAAUCCGCUCAGCUUUUCCUCUCCCAGGUCCGAGAUCCUCGAGCUACCCACAAUUGCUGGGCUUAUAAGGUAGGUGAUCAACACCGAUCUAGCGAUGAUGGUGAGCCAUCAGGAACCGCAGGAAAGCCGAUGCUUUCUGCAAUUUGCUCAUCUGGAUUAGACAGAGUUAUGGUUGUUGUCAUUCGGUAUUUUGGGGGCAUCAAACUCGGAACCGGAGGUCUUGUUAGAGCAUAUGGUGGUGUUACUUCUGAUUGCUUGAAAACUGCUCCAACUUGCCUUGUCAAGUCUAAAGUUCAAAUGGGAGUCGAGGUGACAUUUGAUCUUAUAGGUCUUCUUUACAAUCAGCUGCAAUCGUGCCAGGCUGAAGACAUCAAGGAAGACUAUGAUACUGGUAAAGAUGGUACCACCAUGGUUUCCUUCAAGGUUGAUUUUGACCAGGUUGAUAAAUUAGAGGAUGCCAUCAAAUCCAACUGCAGACGAGACCUUGUCUUUUACAAAAGCACUUAGCAAUUUCUAGGUAAAAACGUUAUCCUGUAAUAAAACAUUUUUUCUCUUUCUUUCUAAAGCAACUGAAUUGAAGAAUGCCUCGUGCGAUAUUAUGAGCUGUUUCAUAAUGAUAGACUUCUAGUUCAGU